AUAGCGGCCGUGGUGUUGGACUGUGUCAACAUGGCUCCUGCUGCUGGCAAAGUGACUCCUAAAGACAGUCAGUAUGUCUCCAUGUUGGAGAAUCGUUUCCCCACUCUGCCACCGAGAGGCGCUCUCUUCCAGUUGCUGGAGAGUGCCAAGUUUGACGUCUCAGGUCUGAACACUGAACAGAUGUUGUUGAAGGACAUGAAAGCUGUUUCAGGAAGUCUCAAUGUUGCUGUUUCUGUUCUCUACAUCACACUGGAGGAGUUCCUUCAGAGGGCGGAGUUGGAAGCGGAGCUCUCAGGUUUCUGUCAGGGGUUGGGAUUUGAUUUGCUGCUGCUGAUGACCAUCUCCUUCACUGAGAGCAAAGAGCCAAUCAGAGAGCUUGCUGUGUUCAGCCACAGCCGCACCUGCAGGCAACAGAUGAGCCACUACCUGGAACAGGCUUGUAACCCCGCCCUCAAUCUCUGUCCAAUCAGCAGCCCCCAUCCUCACAUCACAGCCUAUCAGCAAGGAAACACAUUGGCGUCUCGUAAGAAGGUCCUCCCCAUCGUGAAAGUUUUCCUGAAGGAGCUGGACGGAGAUGGUUGCCUGGGAAAUGUGGAGGAGGAGGAGUCUCGGGUCCCUCCAACUCCAAUGAACAGUCUGGUGGAGGGUUGUCCCCUGGACGACGGCCUGCCGCACAUCAGCACUCAGGACCUGGUGGAGAAGGUCAGCAAGAUGGCUGACAGAGGAGGGAACUGACCUCUGACCUCAGCAGGAAGUCUGAAAACGAUGAAGGAACCGAGACGAUUAGGAGUUUGUUUAUGUUUCAAAUCUGAACAUGGGCGAUGUCAACAGAACCAACAACCAAAUCUUCAGAACCAGUCGGAGGUUGGUGUGUUUUUCUGGAUCGGUUCAGACUCUGACACCAGACUCUUAGUCUUGCAGUGUCACUGUUCAUCCAAAGGGGCUUCAGGGGAUAAUAAUAAUAAUCAAUUAUUAACAACUGAAACGGUGAUAAUGACAACAAUCAAUGCAGAUUAAAAUUUCUGAAGGUUUGUCAAAGUUUGUUACAGUUGCUAAAAUCUGUUUCUAGACAUGAAAACACCAAUGUUGACUCAAAUCAGCAUGUUAACCAGCUAGCUUCGGCCUUUUGUCACCCCACCCGACAGGGACCGCUUUCAGAGAAAAACCAACAUAAUGAACCUUAAGUGAAACUGUCCCUGAACAGAAGGAAGACAGAGCGCAACACUUUGUUUCACUAUAUUAUCUGAGUAUCAAAAUGCCAUGCUUGCUAGCGUGGAGUAGCAUACAGAUGUUCUUAAGUCAUUUUCAGAUAUAUGAGUCAGUCCAACAUAACGUCUGUCUCUCUUGCCCCCUUCAGGCCCUCAGAGUGAGUGCUCCUUCUCUUUGUUGUCUCAUGUAAAAUCGUUCUCCUACAUGAAGUCGUCCAGUCCGAACAUGCAGCAGUUUCAGAGAGCUGUGGACCAGGAAAAGUCUAACAAUAUUCAUGCUCCAUCGCUAACGUAGUUAGCACACACGUUAGCACACAUCGUUAGCCCAAUUCAUGCUUCUGCGUUGAAGCUACAUCAUAGCCCACGUGUAGACAUGUACCCUACGCAGAGCCCUACGUUGUACUCUCUGACGUGCACCUCCCCAAAAAUGAAACUAUGCGUCAAGGCGACGCAGAUCAGAGCUGUGAUUUGUCCGCUUGAUAGCAUCUCCAGAAGGCGUGCCAUUUUUGAAUUGAGAUGAAGGAAGGAACACGGACAACGUCUUUAUUUUGUUGCAGUUCUUUAAUAAAAUCUAUUUGCUCUUCAACAUCUAUCAGCUCCAACAUGAUCCGCUUAGUAACACACGCCAUUGCUACGUGCGUACCUAUGGCGUAGCUCCGACGCAGAAGCAUGAAUUGGGCUUGAGCUCGGUUUACUUUAGUAUUAACGUCACUGUUGCCCUGAACCCUGUUCAGAAAUCUGUCAGAUCAAUAAAGUUUUGUUUGAUCGUUUGGUUGAA